AUGACUAAACGAGGGAAGUGUGACACGUGCCGGCUACGUAAAGUGAAGUGCGACCAGAAGCGCCCCUGCGGUGCAUGUUCCAUAAAGAGGAGACCUUGCACCUACGAAGCGGCAUCCUUCUUUGAGGAAGGCGUUUGUCAUCCAACAGGAACACGCUGCUUUAGCGUGUUCCGGCAAGAGGCCGACUCUCCAUUGACUCUCUCCCAUUACAGCCCUUCGAAGCGUGGCACAUUCUUGACCUUCGCCGCGGCAAGGAAACCUCUUGAUCUUACGUGUGCCGCACGACUCUUGUCAAGCGACGACAGUCAACUCGCGACGGCAUGGACGGGGAUGAUCAGAGAGAGCUCGGCCAGCUGGUCCUGGUGGGAUCGAUUUGUUUCCUGCGUUACGACCCGCAUCGGCUCCGAUCCGCUGGUUGAUCGUGCCAUUGACUUCACAUUGGAGAGCUAUACAACCUACAGACAUGAAUGGGAUUGCGGUUACGAUCAAGUCGCGCAAAAGCGUGGUCUUACAGCAUUGACGACUCUGCGACAUGCCCUCUGUGGAACUCCUGAUCUUGACCAUACCAACGUAUUGAUUACGACUGGCCUAUUCUGUGUCGCAGAGCUUUUUCGAGCGAUUCCGGGAGUUUGGUCCUACUACGUCCACAUGGAGGCGUGUGCGAAGCUAUUGGCCUAUUCCAAAGCCAAAAACUACAGCGAGCUAGAGGAGACUCUUCUAUACCUCAUCGUUCUGGAAGAGGUCGACCAUGCCAUGUGCAUGUCGAAAUAUGGAGCGAGUGAAGGAUUCGCAGAAGCGCUCUCGACAAUCAUGAACCUACUAGUGCGUCUCUCACAACUCGCCGUCCUCCAGCGGGAUCACGUCCACUCGAUCGAGAACCGACCGCAAACACUCAACAUCGUGGCUCUCAUGUUAUCGCUCUACGAGGCCAGCGAUGGUGUCAAGGCCGUGGUGGAGAAUUGUGCCAUGGCCAUCCCUACGAAAAGCAACCUCAUUGCCAAUGUGUUGAGCGAGUCAUACACCUUCAAGUCGAAUUACCACUUCGAUCUGGCCAUCCACUACUUGACCUAUCGAUCGUUACUGUGCGGACUCAUCCAAUCAUUCUACUAUUCUCUGCCCUCGAAUGAGCCGAACGACAUGGCGUCCGUCAUGGAUCUACCCGCGGUCCAGGAGGAAGACGAGGCUGUCAGUCGAAAUAUUGCCAUGUGCAUCGAAUACGCUCAUGGAUCCCCUGACGCUCCAUGCGUGCCGUUACGGUUCAACACGCCCCUCAAGCAUGCCUUUGGUUCGCUCAAUCGUAUUCAAGCACGGAAAGCAGCCGAGGGCCGGAUGAAAGAGUCCAGAGAGGCGGCUCGCAUGAAGCACCUGUGCUACCUUUACGGCAUACGGACCCUGAGGAUCUGGGGCAUUGGAGAUCAUGUCACUCCUUCUGAAGAGUAUUUUGGCUCCCACUACCACACAGCUGUUGGCGGGCCUCCAUGGCAGCAGGAGAAGUAUUUCGAUGAGGAAGGGUUGUUCAAGGAGGGAACAUGA